AUGUUUGCUUCAAAAUCUGUCAGAAAGUCUAUUCAGGCCAUCUGUGCUUUUAGCACAAAGACCCCGACCGUGGCCGUUCUUCGCCAGGCUAUUGACCCACCCGUGAUCAGUGGCGUCACAAAGCCUCGCAAGCCGGGUGGCUAUCAGGAUUCUGGCGCAGACAUUGCUUACACCCUUCGGCAGAAGGGCGUGAAGGUCAUAAAGUCAGAUCCUUCGGCCCCAGUCUCCUCCAAUGAAGGCUGGGCGUUCCCAGACACGGAGGAAGGAAUUUACAGCGCGGCCCAGCAGGGCACCACGCAUUUCUGGGCUAACACCUGUAGCCUCUAA